CAUCCCUAAGUAUUUCGGUAGCGCGGCGUGCGCAGGCGCGAGGGCGGGCGGCGACGUGACGUGUCGACGAGCUCAGCUGACGGCGUGACGUUAUCACGCGAGCACGUCGCCCUAUGCCGUGACUGCUUCACGCUGCGGCCCCCUCGGAUUACGCCGUGCUACCUGUGAUCACGCCGUGCUACCAUGAUGGUGCGACGGAGCGGCCGGUACUCCAUCAACUGGCGCGGGUUCCGGGAUUUCAUGGGGAACAAGCCCCCCGACGAAGAGAAAGAAGAGAAACCAGAACCAGAAGAUUUAUCAAAUCAUGAAGCAAUAUUUUUGAAAUUCAUUGUUGAAAGUCCCGAUUUUACUCGGAAAAGUCAGCCUGUCGAGUCAGAAGAGGAUUUGAUCGUUAAGCCCGUUUCCUUGGAUAAUGUAAACAUAAUACGGUCGCUGAGCGAAUACCGAGGGACCAACAUACGGACCAUAGAACAAGCGGAACUAGCCAUACUAUUGUCUCGAGUACAUUUUAAGGCACUCAUUAAUGCUCAUGAUCAAAUAGGUAAAAUUUGGCUAGAUAGAGGGUCCGGUGUUGAUGAGAAACCAAUUGCAACUGAACUUCCAAGUACAGACAUUAGCCCUGAGCAAAACGGAGACAUGCCUAUAGAGACGGUGAAAGUAGUUGGACUGAGAAAAGUGCCUGGCCAACCAUUAGGAUUAACGGUGACAACUGAUGAACAUGGUCAGCUGAUUGUGGCUCGGAUAUUAGCGGGCAGUGCUGCCGCCAAACAGGCACUGCUCUCGGUUGGUGAUGUGUUACUGGAGGUGGACGGAGUGCAGAUUGACACAGAAGAUCAACUCAAAGAAGCUGUCUCCAAACCUAAUGAUAGAGUAACUCUGAAAGUGGGCCCAAAUCUAAAAGAGAAAAACUCACAGCUGGCCAAUAAACUCAGUUGUUACAUGAGGGCCUUAUUUGAUUAUGACCCAACUGAAGACACAUUGUUACCAUGCAAGGAAAUUGGACUUGAAUUCAAAAAAGGUGACAUUUUACAAGUGUCAGAUAGAAAAGAUCCCAACUGGUGGCAAGCGAGUCAUGUUGAAAAACCUGAAGUAGUUGGACUCAUUCCUUCGCCUGAACUGGAGGAGAGAAGAAAGGCAUAUGUUCCUCCAGAGGCAGACUUUGUGCACAAAAUAAGCAUAUGCGGAGCUAGAAUAUCGAAGAAGAAGAAGAAGUUCGUGUACGAGUCCCGUUCGUCGGUGCAGCUGGAGGGCGCGGAGUUGACGCUGUACGAGGAGGUGGCGCGCACGCCGCCCUUCCUGCGCCGCGUGCUGGCCCUGGUCGGCACGCGCUCCGUCGGCCGCCGCACGCUCAAGAACAAGCUCAUACAGGACCACCCCGAUAGAUUCGGAGCUGUUGUGCCGCACACGUCCCGGCCGCCGCGACCUCUAGAAGAGAAUGGGCUCUCAUACUGGUUCGUGUCACGUGAGGAGAUGGAGCGAGACGCGCACGCCGGCCGCUUCCUCGAGUACGGCGAACACAACGGACACCUGUACGGCACGCAUCUCGACUCCAUCCGUGCGGUUAUCAAAGAAGGAAAAAUGUGUGUUUUGGACUGCGCUCCGCAAUCCCUGAAGCUGCUUCACAACAGCAGCGAGUUUCUGCCCUAUGUGGUGAUGAUUGCCGCGCCGGGAAUCGAACAGCUGAGGAACCUCACCUAUGCAUCCAAUAGAAAUUUGACGUUCGACCGGCAGAGCUCGAUCCGCUACAGCUCGCGGCGCGCGCGCACGCUCGAGUCCCUGGCGUCGCUGUAUGAGGAGGAAGACAUAAAACAAACUCUGGAAGAGAGUUCCCGCAUACAACGUCAGUACGAGAAGUAUAUAGAUCUCGUGAUCACCAACAACAACGUCGACACCACUUACUCCAAGAUCAUGGACGCGCUACAUUCCCUAUCCACUGACCACCAGUGGGUACCCGUCAGUUGGAUCUACUAGCGACAUCACGGAGGUAACUAGGAAUUGAUAGACCAUUUAGAAUUUAGCCGCCAUAUUUAACAGAAGCCUAAUUCUCAUACAGCAACCAUUAACAUAGAGUUCAACAGUUGCAUCUUAUUGUUUAGAAUGUUUUUCGUUGGAAAUGAUAGAUAAUGUUCUUUAAAACAAAUUAUUACAAUUAAUAUAUAAUAGUAACUAAAUGGAAGCACAAUAACCAUUUAGUUUGCGUUGGCCGCGCACUCUCUCUGGCUCACAAGUCACAUACAAUAUAAAGCAAGUGAAUAAGACACCAAUAGAAACGAGACUUGGGCUUUAAAAUAUCCGUAAUUUAAACUUUUAUCACACAAUGAAUUAUUAUUUUUCUCUGUUAUAUCAAAAGUUAUUUCUUUCAUGAAUAGCAAAAUAUCUCUUUUCUGAAAGUAAUUUCAUAUUGUUUAGACUUCGACUAUAUGUAUAUAGAAUAUUAUUGCCACUGAAAUAUACAUAUGUUUAAGAUGCAUUUAUUUAGAGUCUUACCAUAGUAAAAGGAGGCGAAGUAGGUUAUCUUCAUACAAAGGCACCG